AUGUAUAAAUUCACAACCAUGCUUGUGUUUGCUGCUUUUUUUCAGUAUUAUUAUUUAAUUCGACUCAUGGGGAGAAGGACGUCUCAUGUUGCUUUGGAAUGCACACUCCAAUCAAAUCCAAAUAUGGUAAUACUCAGUGAGGAGAUUGCCUCUUCAAAGCUCACCCUUUUUGAUAUAACAAAACGAAUCUGUGAUGCAGUUCAAGACAGAGCAGAGCAAGACAAAUAUCACGGGGUGAUUCUUUUACCUGAAGGGCUUAUUGAAAGCAUACCUGAACUAUAUGCUCUUUUACAGGAAAUACAUGCUCUACACAAGAAAGCGGUCUCUGUUGAGGAAAUUUCAUCACAAUUGUCUCCUUGGGCAUCUGCCUUGUUCCAGUUCUUGCCACUAUAUAUCAAAAAGCAGCUUCUUCUUUCACCUGAAUCCGAUAACUCUGCACAGUUGUCUCAGAUUGAAACCGAAAAACUUCUAGCUGAACUAGUGGAAACAGAGAUGAACACACGAACGAAAAAUGGAACAUACAAAGGAAAGAAAUUCAAUUCUAUUUGCCAUUUCUUUGGGUAUCAGGCCAGAGGAUCUCUUCCAUCAAAGUUUGACUGUGAUUAUGCCUACGUUCUUGGACAUGUUUCAUAUCAUCUUCUUGCAGCUGAUGCCAAUGGUUAUAUGGCCACAGUGUCCAAUCUCAAGAAUCCUAUCUCUAAAUGGUGUUGUGGAGGUGCUCCAUUGACGACAAUGAUGACCGUAAAGAGAUUGUUGCAUGGACCGACAGUUUCUUCGGUUGGAAAACCAUCCAUCCAUCCAGCUCCUGUGGAUUUGAAAGGAAAGCCAUAUCAGAUGCUGAUUCAUGAAGCUGAAAAGUUAUUGAUGAACGAUCUUUACCGUAAUCCAGGACCAAUUCAGUUUAAGGGACCAGGUUCUGAUUCCAAAGCCAUUUGUUUGUGUGUAGAAGACCAGGAUUACAUGGGAAGAAUAAAGGAAGUGCAAGCUAAUCUAGAAAUGGUAAAGAUGUUGGUGAAACCAGGUUGCUCACAAGAAGUGUUGACAGCCGCCGUGACUACCAUGGCCUCAAUUGUGAAAAUCCUGUGUCUCAUGUCACCCUCUACUAAAGGCGAAGCUCAAUCAUGAGCACAAUCUCUCCCUGAUCAUGAUGAUACUUUAAAUAGAUGACUUAUGGCAAGAGACCAUCAUGAGAAACCGAAAUGGACUAUGUGCCCAUCAUUUGUUCUUUGUGCAACAGUAGAGCCAGAUGGAAGUUUCCAAUACAAUCUGUGAUUACAAAUAAUUGGCUACUAAGAGAACCAACAAACAAGCUUUUUUAGGUCAUUGAGAGAAUCCAAGAAACAAGAUUUUG